CUCUAAUUAUUGUUUAUUCGCAUAGUGUAGUUACUGAUGAUAAAAAUUUAACAUUUAAAAAAAUAAUUUAUAAUUCAACGUAAUAUAAUAUAAUAAUAAUAGUAAUAAUAAAACAAUAAUAAAGAAAAUGCAAUACAGAAACCUAUAUGCUCUGAGAAUGCCAACGAAACAUUUUAAUUUUUGCAUUUUAAAAUAUAGAAAAUCAUACAAAAGUCACAUAAGAAAUUUACAAGAUGCAGCUAAAGAUAAAGUUAAUAAAAAAUACACCGAAACUGUUAUAUUACCACAAACAGACUUUCAAUUACGACUUAAUGGGAAAAAACGAAUUGACAUGGAUAAGUAUUUACUAGAAAAAUGUGGAUUCUUAGAUUUGUAUCGUUGGCAAAGGAAAAAUUUGGUAGGACCGGAUUUUGUCUUGCACGAUGGACCACCGUAUGCCAAUGGAGAUCCUCACAUGGGACAUGCUGUCAAUAAGAUUUUAAAGGACAUUACAUUACGAAGUAAAAUUAUGAAAGGUCAACGAGUACAUUAUGUACCAGGUUGGGAUUGCCAUGGUUUACCGAUUGAACUGAAAGCGAUUAAAAACUUUGAUACCGGAUAUCAGAAAUUGGAUGCCUUAGAAAUUCGACAUAGAGCAUGUAAAUUUGCUAAAAGUGCCAUUGUAAAGCAAAGAGAAGUUUUCUCUUCCUGGGGUAUAAUGGCUGAUUGGAAAGAAACUGGAUGCUAUUUUACAAAUCAAGUUUCAUAUGUCAAAAAUCAGUUACAGCAAUUUAUGAAUUUAUAUGAGAAAAGGCUAGUCUUUAGAGAUUUUAAGCCAGUCUAUUGGUCACCUUCCUCUAGAACAGCCUUGGCCGAAGCAGAAUUAGUAUAUAACGAACAGCAUGAAAGUAAAUGUGCCAUUAUUCGUUUACAAAUGUCUGAUGUACCGUACAAGUUCAAAACAUUUACCAAUGGCAGUAUAUAUGCCCUCGCAUGGACAACUACACCUUGGACUUUAGUAGCUAAUCAAGCUUUAGCAUUUUCUAUUAAUUCUAAAUAUUGCUUGACCGAGGAUGCUUGUGGCAAUUUUUACAUUAUCGCCGAACCACUGGUAAAAGAUAUUGAAUUAAAAAUUGGUCAUUUGAAGUCAAUAAUAACCAUUAAUGGAAACGAAUUAAAUGAUGCCAAAUAUUUACAUCCAAUCACUAAAGAAACUCUACCAUUUUUACCAGGAGAACACGUUACAAUGAAUCUCGGUACUGGAUUGGUACAUACAGCUCCUGCACAUGGUCCAGAAGAUUUUCUUCUUGCGCUUGAAUAUAACAUACCAGUUCUAUCUUUAGUAGACCACAAUGGUCGAUAUACGGAAGCAGCUGGUCCUGAAUUUGCAGGCUUGAAAGUUUUAUCCGAAGGCACUGAAAAAGUCCUAGAAUGCAUAAACAAAGAUAUUUUACUUGUUGAAUCUAUUAAACACAGUUAUCCGUAUGAUUGGAGAACCAAGGAACCAGUUAUAAUUCGAGCAAGUCAUCAAUGGUUCAUUGAUAUUAAUUCCAUUAAAACAAAAGCUCUCGAAACUUUAGAUAGCAUACAACUAUUUCCAGAAAAUAAUCGAUCGUCUUUUCUCAAUGGUCUGCUUGUACAAAUAACGAAGCGACCGUUUUGGUGCAUUUCACGGCAACGAUCUUGGGGUACACCUAUACCUGUUUUGUAUUUAAAAGAUACGGGAGAAGUAUUUACGAAUAGAGAAUGGGUAAAUAGAAUAUGUGAUCUUAUAGAAAAAAAUGGUGUGGAUUGUUGGUGGAAAUUUACAAUAGAAGAAUUGGCAGGAGAAGAGAUUCUUAAAAAAUUUAAUCUCGACAAAGACAAUCUAAGAAAGGGUGAUGAUAUUAUGGAUAUUUGGUUUGACAGUGGUAUUUCAUGGUCCGCAAUUUUACCAGAAAAAAAGGCCAAUUUAUAUUUGGAAGGACAAGAUCAACUUACAGGCUGGUUUCAAUCGUCUUUGUUAACUUCUGUUGCACUUCAGGGCUCUUCUCCUUACAAUGAAUUAUUUGUACAUGGAUUCGUGGUAGAUGAGAAUGCUUCUAAAAUGUCUAAGUCAGAAGGCAAUGUUAUACAUCCGGACGAUAUUACAAAGGGUGGUAAUAAUUUUGGAAAAAAUGUAUAUGGAGUUGAUGCACUAAGAUGGUGGGUUGGCAGUCAUGGUUGUCAACACAUUCAAAUACGUGUUACGCAAGAAAUAUUGCAAGAAAGUAAAGAAUCAAUACAAAAGCUUAGAUUAAUAUUGCGUUUUUUGUUGGGUAUUCUACAUCCUAAUACGGAAUUCAAUUUAGAUCCAAAAUUUUUGCAUCUUGAUCGAAACAUGCUACAUCGCUUAUAUCAUUACAAUAAACAGAUUCAAAACUUCUACGACAGUUAUCAAUAUCACAACGUAUGCAAACUGGUAAAAAAUUUUAUUGCGAACGAUGUAUCAUCGAUAUAUUGUCAUUUAAAUAAAGAUAAGCUUUACUGCGACGCAAUAACAUCGCCAUACCGUGCUGCUACUAUAAAAGUAAUAGAUGCAAUACUCAUUGUUAUUUUGAGAAGUAUCGCUCCAAUUGUACCCCACUUGGCAGAAGAAGUUUGGUUACAUCGUAAUAAAACUACUGAUGAUACUGAAUACAUACCACUGCAUUAUACCAGAUAUAAUGUACCAGAGACUUGGAAUCAACCAGAAACCAUUGAAUGUAUAGAAGCUGCAUUAUGUUUAAGAAAUAAAGUUAACAAACUUGCCACUAGAAAUACAUGGGAGUUAGCAGCUACAAUAAUGACUACUAAACAAGAUUAUGAAGUAUUAUCAAUUCUUCAGAAAGAAAAGCAAUCUUCUUUGUCCGAAUUAUGUAAUAUUUUACAAGUUUCAAAAGUAACUCUCAUAGAAAAUGAUGCGCUUAAUGAAACGCAAGUGCUUUUAAAUCCUAUAGAAAAACAACUAUGUAAACGUUGUCGAAGACAUCCUGAAAUGUACGAAGCUGAAAUAUGUGAACGUUGUACUAAUAUACUCGAUAGAAAUAUUUCAGCAACGGCAUUUACUUAAAUAAUCAUUAUUAUCCGAUAAAAUACAAUAGUCUAAUGACAAGAAAAUAUAUUGAUAAGAUAUCUUAAGGGAAAUAAAGUAAAUAAAUUAUUCGCUCGUAACAGGCACCACU